AUGGACCCGCCCGACACCGUGUCGGCGAGUGCUCCGUGGCGGCCGUGUCGACGAGUGCUCCGUGGCGGUUUCCCCGCUGUCCCGCCCGACACCGUGUCGGCGAGUGCUCCGUGGCAGUUCCCCCGCAGACCCGCCCGACACCGUGUCGGCGAGUGCUCUGUGGCGGAAUCCCCCGCAGACCCGCCCGACACCGUAUUGGCGAACCCGCCCGACACCGUAUUGGCGAGUGCUCUGUGGCGGUAUCCCCCGCAGACCCGCCCGACACCAUGUCGGCGAGUGCUCCGUGGCGGCCGUGUCGACGAGUGCUCCGUGGCGGUUUCCCCGCUGUCCCGCCCGACACCGUGUCGGCGAGUGCUCCGUGGCAGUUCCCCCGCUGCCAAGCCUGACACCGCGUCGGCGAGUGCUCCGUGGCGGUUCCCCCGCUGCCCCGCCCGACACCGUGUCGGCGAGUGCUCCGUGGCAGUUCCCCCGCAGACGCGCCUGACACCGUGUCGUUCCACCGCUGCCCCGCCCGACACCGUGUCGGCGAGUGCUCCGUGGCGGUUCCCCCGCUGCCCCGCCCGACACCGUGUCGGCGAGUGCUCCGUGGGGGUUCCCCCGCUGCCCCGCCCGACACCGUGUCGGCGAGUGCUCCGUGGCGGUUCCCCCGCUGCCCCGCCCGACACCGUGUCGGCGAGUGCUCCGUGGCGAUUCCCCCGCUGCCCCGCCCGACACCGUGUCGGCGAGUGCUCCGUGGCAGUUCCCCCGCAGACCCGCCUGACACCGUACCCGCCUGACACCGUGUCGGCGAGUGCUCCGUGGCAGUUCCCCCGCAGACCCGCCCGACACCGUGUCGGCGAGUGCUCUGUGGCGGAAUCCCCCGCAGACCCGCCCGACACCGUAUUGGCGAACCCGCCCGACACCGUAUUGGCGAGUGCUCUGUGGCGGUAUCCCCCGCAGACCCGCCCGACACCAUGUCGGCGAGUGCUCCGUGGCGGCCGUGUCGACGAGUGCUCCGUGGCGGUUUCCCCGCUGUCCCGCCCGACACCGUGUCGGCGAGUGCUCCGUGGCAGUUCCCCCGCUGCCAAGCCUGACACCGCGUCGGCGAGUGCUCCGUGGCGGUUCCCCCGCUGCCCCGCCCGACACCGUGUCGGCGAGUGCUCCGUGGCAGUUCCCCCGCAGACGCGCCUGACACCGUGUCGGCGAGUGCUCCGUGGUGGUUCCCCCGCUGCCUCGCCCGACACCGUGUCGGCGAGUGCUCCGUGGCAGUUCCCCCGCUGCCCCGCCCGACACCGUGUCGGCGAGUGCUCCGUGGCGGUUCCCCCGCUGCCCCGCCCGACACCGUGUCGGCGAGUGCUCCGUGGGGGUUCCCCCGCUGCCCCGCCCGACACCGUGUCGGCGAGUGCUCCGUGGCGGUUCCCCCGCUGCCCCGCCCGACACCGUGUCGGCGAGUGCUCCGUGGCGAUUCCCCCGCUGCCCCGCCCGACACCGUACCCGCCUGACACCGUGUCGGCGAGUGCUCCGUGGCGGUUCCCCCGCUGCCUCGUCCGACACCGUGUCGGCGAGUGCUCCGUGGGGGUUCCCCCGCUGCCCCGCCCGACACCGUGUCGUUCCCCCGCAGACCCGCCCGACACCGUGUCGGCGAGUGCUACGUGGCGGUUCCCCCGCUGCCCCGCCCGACACCGUGUCGGCGAGUGCUCCGUCGCGGUUCCCCCGCAGACCCGCCCGACACCAUGUCGGCGAGUGCUCCGUGGCGGUUCCCCCACUGCCCCGCCCGACACCGUGUCGGCGAGUGCUCCGUCGCGGUUCCCUCUCUGCCCCGCCCGACACCGUGUCGGCGAGUGCUCCGUGGCGGUUCCCCCACUGCCCCGCCCGACACCGUGUCGGCGAGUGCUCCGUGGCGGUUCCCCCGCUGCCCCGCCCGACACCGUGUCGGCGAGUGCUCCGUGGCAGUUCCCCCGCAGACCCGCCCGACACCGUAUCGGCGAGUGCUCCGUGGCGGUUCCCCCGCUGUCCCGCCCGACACCGUGUCGGCGAGUGCUCCGUGGCAUUUCCCCCGCUGCCUUGCCCGACACCGUGUCGGCGAGUGCUCCGUGGCGGUUUUCCCGCUGUCCCGCCCGACACCGUGUCGGCGAGUGCUCUUGGCGGUUCCCCCGCAGACCCGCCCGACACCAUGUCGGCGAGUGCUCCGUGGCGGUUACCCCGCUGCCCCGCCUGACACCGUGUCGGCGAGUGUUCCGUGGCGGUUCCCCCGCUGCCCCGCCCGACACCGUGUCGGAGAGUGUUCCGUGGCGGUUCCCCCGCUGCCCCGCCCGACACCGUGUCGGCGAUUGCUCCGUGGCGGUUCCCCCGCUGGCCCGCCCGACACCGUGUCGGCGAGUGCUCCGUGGCGGUUCCACCGCUGCCCCGCCCGACACCGUGUCGGCGAGUGCUCUUGGCGGUUCCCCCGCAGACCCGCCCCACACCGUGUCGGCGAGUGCUCCGUGGCGGUUCCACCACUGCCCCGCCCGACACCGUGUCGGCGAGUGUUCCGUGGCGGUUCCCCCGCUGCCCCGCCCGACACCGUGUCGGCGAGUGUUCCAUGGCGGUUCCCCCGCUGCCCCGCCUGACACCGUGUCGGCGAGUGCUCCGUGGCGGUUCCCCCGCUGCCCCGCCCGACACCGUGUCGGCGAGUGCUCCGUGGCGGUUUCCCCGCUGUCCCGCCCGACACCGUGUCGGCGAGUGCUCCGUGGCGGUUCCCCCGCUUCCCUGCCCGUCACCGUGUCGGCGAGUGCUUCGUGGCGUGGUGGUUGCUUUUCCCCGCUGACUGACGGCCGCGCUCCGCUGUGGAUGCCCUGCGAUCCGUCAUACUCGUGA